CCUGGGCGGGUCCUGAUGUGCAUGUGACCGAGGGUGGGGGCGGGAGAGCUAGUGCUCACGUGACCGCGGGGCGGCGCUCGGCCGGAGCCGCCGCUAUGUGCCGCUCCGGGCCGGCCUGCUGGCUGUUGCUCCUCGUAGUGGGUCUCUGUUGUGUGCACCGGGCGCGCCCCCGAAACGUGCUGCUGAUCCUCGCGGACGACGGAGGCUUUGAGAGUGGUGCCUACAACAACAGUGCCAUCACCACCCCUCACCUGGAUGCCUUGGCCCGCCGGAGCCUUGUCUUCCGCAAUGCCUUCACCUCCGUGAGCAGCUGCUCUCCCAGCCGGGCCAGCCUCCUCACUGGCCUGCCUCAGCAUCAGAACGGAAUGUAUGGCUUGCACCAGGAUGUCCACCACUUCAACUCCUUCGACCGGGUGCAGAGCCUGCCUUUGCUGUUGGGCCGAGCUGGUGUUCUCACAGGCAUCAUUGGGAAGAAGCACGUGGGGCCGGAGACGGUGUACCCAUUUGAUUUUGCGUACACGGAGGAGAAUGGCUCUGUCCUCCAGGUGGGGCGGAACAUCACUAGAAUUAAACUGCUGGUCCGGAAAUUCCUGCAGACUCGGGACAACAGGCCUUUCUUCCUCUAUGUCGCCUUCCACGACCCCCACCGCUGCGGGCACUCCCAGCCACAGUACGGGGCCUUCUGCGAGAAGUUUGGCAAUGGGGAGAGUGGCAUGGGGCAGAUCCCAGACUGGACCCCACAGACCUACAACCCGAAGGAUGUGCAGGUGCCUUACUUCGUCCCUGACACACCGGCUGCCCGAGCUGACUUGGCCGCUCAGUACACCACCAUCAGCCGCAUGGACCAAGGGAUUGGACUCGUGCUCCAGGAGCUGCGUGGAGCAGGUGUCCUGAAUGACACCCUGGUGAUCUUCACAUCUGACAAUGGUAUCCCCUUCCCCAGCGGCAGGACCAACCUCUACUGGCCGGGCACUGCUGAGCCCAUGCUGGUGUCAUCCCCAGAGCACCCAAAACGCUGGGGCCAGGUCAGCGAGGCCUACGUGAGCCUUCUAGAUCUCACGCCCACCAUCUUGGAUUGGUUCUCUAUCCCCUACCCCAGCUAUGCCAUCUUUGGCUCAAAGAAUGUCCAGCUCACUGGGCGGUCCCUCCUCCCGGCGCUGGAGGCGGAGCCUCCUUGGACCACGGUUUUUGGCAGCCAGAGCCACCAUGAGGUCACCAUGUCCUACCCCAUGCGCUCCGUGCACCACCAGAACUUCCACCUUGUGCACAACCUCCACUUCAAGAUGCCCUUUCCCAUUGACCAGGACUUCUACGUCUCGCCAACCUUCCAGGACCUCCUGAAUCGCACCACAGCCGGCCGGCGCACAGGCUGGUACAAGGACCUGCAUCACUACUACUACCGGGAGCGCUGGGAGCUCUUUGACAGGAGCCAGGACCCCCACGAGACCCAGAACCUGGCCACUGACCCCCGCUAUGCCCAGGUUCUGGAACUGCUUCAGACCCAACUGGUCAAGUGGCAGUGGGAGACCCACGACCCCUGGGUAUGUGCUCCCAAUGGGGUGCUGGAGGAGAAGCUCUCUCCCCAGUGCCGGCCACUCCACAACGAACUGUGAGGCCCUCCCCACCCCCACAGUGGGGGACCACUGUCCUGUGUCUGAGCUGUGUCCUGGCACAGGAAUUCCCUGGGGGGUACCCAGGAUGGUGCAGGAUCCCCAGCCUGUGACAAGGUGAGGGUGGUCUGGGGAACAGCAGGAAGAAGGGUCUGGGACAUGGGGCUUCAGUCCCUCUUGGUUCUCUGGAACCCACAGACGUUCUUGUGCCCUUCACCUGAGAGGAGAUGGGCUUCUGUGUGCCACGAGGGUGGUGGGAGAGUGCAAACCGCACUCCAUGUGGGGACAGCGUCUGUUUGUCAGUCCUGGUCUGGAGGGAGCCUUUGAAGGAAACUUGGGCUUGUCUUCUUCCUUCACUUUGUUCACCGUCAGGCUCCCGAGCCCCGGGCUGGGUUUCCAUGAAACCACUGAUUCUUGGCAGGCUCCCUAAGUGACGAGUUUCAUCCUGGGGUCUGUAUGGGCAGAGCUUGCCCUUCUUUUUGAGAGUGUCCAAGGAUGAAGAUGUCUCUGCUCAAGGCCUGAAGCCGCCCCAUCCUCUGGUUGGGUGAAUUCUUUUCGGAUGAACACAAGUCUGUAGCACAGACAGUACUCAUGGAAUGCUCCAGACCUGCCCUGCCUCCGCCUGCCUGGAAAACCCAGAAAGGGGGCAUUCUCCUUCAAGUGGAUGGGCUCCCAUCACCCUUCCCACCCCCGUCAACUCCAUCCUGGAGGACAUGGUGGGGAAGCCACAGGCCAGAGCGUUGUAAAAGCUUUUUAUUUUAGUAAAAUAUACCAAGUUCA